GGGAUAUAUAAGCAUGGGUAUCUUUUUCUUACUUUCUUCUUCCUUCCUCCCUUAAUCCUUCUCUUCAUCAACAUCAAGUAAACAAUCAAUAUCCCCCCGUACUCUUCCUUCUUACUACAACACUCCUAAUAGACGCAAUGGGAUACACCUUCGAUAUUGAGCUCGACACAGAGCAGCCCUUCAUCGUGGAGCUGGACAUGGCUGAGCACAAGGCACAGACAAUCAGUGGUGUCAUCGCCUUGAAACUCGGUCGGGCGGAUUCCUUCAGAAUCGCCACCAUCGCGAUCCACGGCCACAUCGGAGCCAUGCUGAAUGUCGAUACCCCAGAGCACGCAAUCGUCCGAGAGCCUCUGGUCAGCAGCAGCGUAGACUUGGUCGCUGCCAACGAUACGGACGGUCGAGGCAUCAUCCAUAUCGACGCAGGCGAACAAUACAUUCCCUUUAGAAUCGACAUCCCUCGAGCGUAUGAAUUACCACCAACGCUAAUCAACAAGCUGGAUACGCCCUAUAUCGACUGGAAAUAUGAGAUCCAUGCUACAUUGCGUCGCAGCUACUUCUUUUCGUCCACACGCGUGGUCAAGCACGACCUCAUUCUCCGUCGUCCGAUCGCCCCAACGAGUGAAAGCACGCUGACUGCAUCGAUGGAUCGCUCUGGCCAGUACAAGAGUAAAUUGACGGCACCAGGAAGACUUGUGCUGGGUCAGGAUCGACUGUUGGCGAAGGUUGAGCUCGAGACGAGGAACAAGGAGUUCAUGAUCAAGGAGGUGGAUUGUUCGAUUGUCCAGAUCGAGGAAGUCGACUAUGUGACGAGGCUAGAACACCCUUCUGUGGAGAAUGCCAACGUCCCUGGAGCCCAUUGCACCGUCAACUCCUCAAGAUUGGUCUCCGCUUUAGUCGUGGUCCCCAACGACGACAGUGACAUGGAUUUUGGUCGCUUUAACCCGGUCGAAUUUGAUCUCCGUGUUGACAACGACCAACUGAUUCCCACGGAACAUGGACUUGGCUGGCUCAAUAUCUCGCAUGUGCUCCGCUAUACUGUGCAUUUCAUGGAUGUCAACCAGCCAGCGCUAAUCACAGAGCUGCCGCUCUUUGUUGCCAAUGAGGUGAUCUCGAAGGCAUGCAGCGCAAAAAUGCGUCCCCAACCAUCCUCCGCAAGGUUGGUUGACUCGCUGAAGGUCGAGGGUACGGAAGAUCAUCAUUUGCAGCACGAUAGAGAGUCAACGCCUGAGUCAGAUUAAUAAUCUGAAUAAAUACAAAGAUCUGUUCUGUUGUUCUUGCUCUUGUUCGUGUUUGUAUUUUUUCUCUCUUUCUCUCUUUCUAUCUUUCUCUC